CCAAGCUCAGGCCCCUCUCCUGAGCUGCUGUCCACCUGCCCCCAGGACUGCGAGCCCCCGGGGGUGCAGGAGCUCCGGGCUCCGGGGGACCUGGGGAGCCCCCGGGGGUGCAGGAGCUCCGGGCUCCGGGGGACCUGGGGAGCCCCCGGGGUGCGGGGCUGCUGUCAGGGACCGUCUCGGGGGUUUCCCGCCUCCCGGGCGCUCCCGGGAGGCUGCGGGUGGCGCGACACCCUCGGGGCCCCUCCCUGAUAAUGCGCAGUUAAAAGGGCUGCGCCUUCCUGGAGGCGCAGCAGGCUGCGCGGGCUCCGCACCAGAGCGCGGCCCUCCGAGGCUCCCGGGGGCGCAGGGCUUCCCCUCCCCGCUGGGCCGGGCUGUUCCGAGCCGGACCGGGCCUCGGGGCAGGCUGCGCACCCGGUUCCGCGUCCCGAGCCGAGGAGCGGCGGCGGCGCCAGGAUGGUCCUGAGCGGGGCGCUGCGCUUCCGGCUGCCCUCGGGGUCGGAACAAGCAGACAGACCCAGUUCAGGCGGCCGGUCCACGGCGUGGAGGGAGCCGGCACCUGCCCUUCGCUGCCCGGCGCGGCCUUUCCAAAGCGUCUCCCGGCCGGGGGCUCCUGGUCCCCGCGUGGGAAUCGCUGCUCUCCAUGUCCCCUUACUGGAGACCACGGUCAAACAGCCUGUCAGUGACCUUGCGGCUUCCUCAGGUAGAGAGGAAGAUCGUCCAAUCGCUUAGUGAGCCAUGACCCAGUCCCUAAACACACUUCUUUUGCCAUAAAACAUCUGGGGAAAUCCCCUUUAGGAUCCACCUUUCACCUCCAAUGCCAGAAAACCAGCUGAGAUCAUAGGGGGGAAAUACUUUGAAAAGUAAAAUGAAGGAAUUUUAAAUUUAAGGAAACCUCUCCCUUAGUAGAGAGUCUGCCUUGAAUAUUGGACAUUCAGAUUUUAACGAGGAGCCGGCCUGGCGCAUCCUACCCACGGCCCUGGCUCAGCAACUUGGUACUGAGGCCGUGGGGACCAGCCUCCUGUCUGUCUUGACUCAGCAGCGGGAGGAGCCCACCCAGACCCCCGGGCUCCGACUCACGGCCGGUUUCUCUUCCUAACACCCCAAGGAAGGAGCUUGGCACAGCAGACUGCUCGUGAAGGAUGAAGGAUGCGGCCCUGAAGGUGCUUUACCUGCAGGACAACCAGCUUCUGGCCGGAGGGCUGCACACGGGGAAGAUCAUCCAAGGCGAGGAGAUCAGCGUCGUGCCCAAUCGCGCGCUGGACGCCAGGCUCUGCCCAGUCAUCCUGGGUGUCCAGGGAGGGAGCCGGUGCCUGUCGUGUGGGCCGGGCCAGGAGCCGACCCUGAAGCUGGAGCCCGUGGACAUCAUGGAGCUCUAUCGCAGUGCCGGGGAGUGGGUGCGCUUCACCUUCUACCGGCGGGACACGGGGCUCACGUCCAGCUUCGAGUCGGCCGCCUACCCGGGCUGGUUCCUGUCCACGGCGCCCGAGGCAGACCAGCCCCUGCGGCUCAGCCGGCCCCCCGAGCCCGGCAGCUGGGACGCCCCCAUCACCGACUUCUACUUCCAGCAUUGCGACUAGGCCGCGGGCCCCGGCUGGUAAAGUCCCCGAGAUUGGGGCUCAGUCCCUGUUCCCCUGUUGGAGGGGAUCUGAAAACACACGAGGGGAACUGGACUACCAAAAGGAUUUCCAGGGAGG